UCUGUAUCUGUAUGACCGUGUCCAGAUAAAGCGAAGAACGAACUCCGGCUCGAUCACAUCACUCCCAGCAGUUGCAGCAACGCAAGCACCACCUCUCGCUCUCGGUCUUGCACGCGAUGCCUCUCUCGGCGGUAUCCGUCCUCCGCGCCGCCUCCCUCGCCGUCCUGCUGCUCGCGGCCAUGGCCACGGGCGGCGACGGCAGCACGACGGGUGACUCGUCCGUGGCCCAGUCCAUCGACGACACGGAGAUGUACCUCUGCUACCUCUGCACCGGGCGCAACCCGAUGCUGAUCAGGUACUGCCCCAUCUACUGGGACUGGUGCCACCUCCUGUGCUACGACCCCGACGUCGCCGCCGGGCGCGCUGCGUCCGUGCGGCCGGCGGCAGCGGCAGCCACGGCCCCGCGCGAGACGUACGCCCAGCUGGGGUGCUACGUCAUGAAGCUGUACCGGAACGGCACCUACACCAUCGUCAGCCGCCACGACUGCUCAAAAAUGGCCAGUUGCCGCCUCUCCUGCGGCGGCGGCGACGUCGUAGUCGCCGACGGGAAACCCUUGGGCGCGGCGCCGCUGCCGGUUACAGCGUCGGCGCCCCAGGGAAUGCAGCUGCCGCCGUCGUCGCACGUCGCCGAGUUCCAGCGGUGCGGCGAUCAGGCAAUGGGCCUGCCUCUGAGCGCCGUCCCCGGACGCGUCUAGCAGCUAGCGGCGCCGGUCGACUUUGGGAGGAUGCGCGCGUGUCGGCGUGCAAACAUGCGUGCGCCCUUGCAAGCCAAAUGUUGACAAAGAUAUGAUCGAUCGGUUGUGUAUAGAGUUGUUAAAAUAAGAAAUGAAUAAAAAGGCCCGUAUCGUUUGAAAAAAAGUUUGGGUCGAUUUGUGCAA